AUGGCGUGCAGCUCAGGCGACCAGUGGCAGCAUGUGCUGGCGCUGCUCAGGGAGGUCUGGACGGCGAGCCUGGAGUUGGGGGUCAUCUGCCACGAUGUCGGGGUCAGCGCGUGGGAGAUGGGCGGGCAGUGGCGGCGCUCGCUGUCGUUGCUCAGGGAGGCGGUGCGGAUGCGGCUGGAGCCGAACGUCGAGAUCUGCAGCAACGUGGUCGGCGUGUGCGAGCGGAGCGGACACCCGUCUAUCCUCGGGGCGGAGGGCGUCGCCUCCGCCCGAGGAGCUCUGGCGAGCGAGGCGGGGCUCUGGGGCGCGCCACGCGGGCUGGUCACCUGGCUCGGGAGGGCGGGCCUGUCGGCCGACACGAGCCGGCCAGCGGGCUGA